AUGACGGCGAAAUCGACCAGAGGUGACCGGAAGCAAUAUUGGGCUGAAGAAGCGACCUCCAUGGAACAGGCCUCGAACGCUGGUGAAACUCGAAAGCUCUACCAACUUAUCCACCAGGUUAGAGGUAAGCCCUCUACACUGAGUGACUCUGUUCGCGACGCGAACGGCGGCUUUAUUGCUGACAACUCGGUCAAAGUCGAGCGCUGACGUGAGCAAUUCAGGCAUUGUCUCAUCUUCCAUACCCAACCCACCACGCCCUUGCUCUCCUCUUCAGCGAAGCUUCUUCUUUCUCCCACCUAUGCAGUGUCCUGCGACCCCCCUCUGAAGGAGAAUUCGUCGAUACCAUACGAGAUAUACGCAACAACAAGGCACCCGGAGAGGAUGGUAUACACGCUGAAAUCUUCAGGUUUUGUGUCGACACUCUGGCGCCCAGGCUCUAUGAGUUGAUUGAACAAGCGUGGAGAGUCGAGGUUGUUCCUGAUGACUGGGACUUAGCCAUCCUUGUACCUAUCCUCAAGAAGGGAGAUAAGACGAGAUGCGAGAACUCCCGCGGCAUAAACCUCAUCGACAUUGCUGCGAAGAUCUUCCAUAUUGUCAUACUUAGGCGAUUCCAUGCUGCACGUGUCUCAAGGACGAGGCCCAACCAAGCCGGAUUUCGUGCCGGACGUGGAUGCGCAGACCAGAUAUUCACACUGAGGCGCAUUCUCGAAUUUCGCCAUAGCUAUCAACAACCGACAGCCGUUUGCUUUUCUGACUUUGUCAACACGUUUGAUUCCGUCCAUCGUGAGUCCCUGUGGCGGAUAAUGGCGCUUGAUGGUGUACAGUUAAAAAUCAUCGCCAUGAUCAAGGCCUAUUAUCACUCCGCUAUUGCGAGUGUCCAGGUCUGCAACAAUCUUUCCCAACCGUUCGGUAUUCGGUCUGGCGUUCGGCGGCGUUGUAUCCUGUCAUCAAUUCUGUUCAACUAUGAUAUUGACAGGAUCCUCGGGAGGGCCCUACGCGAGAGUGACGACGUUGGGUUUGCACCCGGACAGCGACUGACUAAUCUCGACUAUGCCGAUGAUAUCGCCUUACCUGCUUCAAUUUUUGGUGAUCUGCAGUCUAUGGAGUCACGGGUGAACGAGGUCGCUAGAUCGGUCGGUUUGUCCAUAAACGCUGGGAAGACCAAAGUGCUUUCAAGCUGCAUCCCUGACCAGGAGAUGGCACCCCUCGGGAUUGAUGACUGUCAACUUGAAGAAGUAGACAGUUUUAAAUACCUCGGGGCGAGGCUGAUGCCUAAUGAACGGAGUAAGGACGGCAUUGUCUCCCUCGAAUUGAUGCUGCCCGCUGGGUUUACACAAGCCCUUGGAAAUGCCUAUGGAUCCGACGUGACCUCUCCAUCGCCACUAAGAUUCUCGUGUACCGUGCAUAUGUCCGGUCUGUCCUUCCCUUCCGUUGUGAAUACUGGGCUUUGCACGUGGAGGACGAGCGAAAACUGGAGGUAUUUGACCACCACUGCUUGA